AUGCCAGCCGGUGUGUCGUGGGGUCAAUACCUUAAAUUUAUGUCGUGUGCUUUACUAUCAAUGAUGGCCGGAUCACAAUUAGUCCAUAUGUACUACAAACCUCUUCAAGACUUAGAUUCAUAUAUUGAACAGGAAAUGAAGCAGGCCAAAAAAACGUAACGGCAAUUAACACAUUCGUGGGUCUAAUGCAUUACAAUUUUCAGUUUUAGAUGUAAUAAAAUAGACUAAGAAUGAAAAAAACAUGCAGUUAUACCAAAAA